CGCGUACGUCUCAAGGCAUCGGAUAUCGUUGAGGACUUGGCAAAUAAGGUUCCAGAGUUGACAAGCCUCGUGGUAUUGCCGGGAGGCUCAAUGUUUCCGCACGAUGUACUUCCCAUAGGGUUCGGCUUCCGCCGGAGGCGCCACCUGAAGCAAUAUUCACGGCCAAGGCCUAAAACACUUGCCAAGCUUUAUCUUGAGAGGAAGAAGAUGAUAUCUUCUUCGCCUGAGCAUCACCCGUUAAACCGAGGAUUGACAGAUAGGACGAGGAAGUGGCUGGCAGAUAUUAUCGAUGAAAGUUUACAAGCUGGUUAUCCUUUGGAGCUUAAAUCAAGUGGGAAGAAAGAUGCACCUGUGGCUCCAGGUUCCCAGACUACAUAUAGUACCUUGGCAACUGCUGCUACAGGUGCACCUCUUGCUCCAGAUUCACAGACUAGCUUUGUUACCUUGGCAAUUCCUGCUACAGGUGCCCCUGUUGCUGGAGUCGAGCAGACAGUAAACUUGACAAGCAGUGGAAAAAGCUCUGGGAUCUCAUCAAUGGCGAAUGCCGAUGCACCUGUUGCUCCAGAUUCGCACACUAUGUUUGGUACUUUGACAAACCCUGCUACAGGUGCUCCUGUUCCUCGAGUCCAGCAGACUGUAAAUUUGACGAACAGUGCAAAAAACUCUGGGAUCUCAUCAGUGGCGAAUGCAGGCACAAGCAAGAAUUUGGGUCAAGAAAGUGGUUAUACUGAGAGCUCUUACCAGGUUUCCCAUCUAAGAAAGAACCCAAGGUCAGAAAUGGCAACUGAAGAGGUUUAUUCGGAUGCAAAAAGGCAACGGACUACCAAGCCGUUUGGUGAAGUGAAGAGCGAUUGACAUUGCACACCUAACUGCCUGAUGGGCGGGCGAGGCGGCAUUGGCCUACUAUUGGUGCUUUUGGCAGAACUAGCGAUACUGUUGGGGCUUGGAACUAGGCUGUUCUGAUGCUGUUGAUGUUGCUGCUUUAGCUCUUUUAUCACCAAUUUAAUUGAUCUUCGCGAGUAGUGAACUUUUAUUGUUAUGCCACCAUGCACUGCAGUGUCUAGUAUGAACUAUUAUCAUGAGUAACUUCAGUAAGAAUACUAAAUAAAUUAUACUCCGUAAGUCAC